AUGUCUUUUUGUGAGUACACCACACAGAAGGAUCUUCGCAUAAGAAGCAGUCUACUUGGCACCUUUAAAUCGGUCAUCUUUGCAGCAGUUUUACUUUAUAUGUGUGUUAUAAUGCUGACUGAAAAGCGCUAUCAGAAAACAGACUCCGUUAUCAGUUCUGUACAUACAAAGGUGAAAGGCGUUUUGGAUGCUGAUUCAAGAAUCUGGGACACAGCUGAAUAUACAAUUCCUUCCCCAGGUGGAUCUUCAUUCUUUGUUCUAACAAACAUAAUAAAAACAGAAAAUCAAAAAGAAGGCAAUUGCCCAGAGUUUCCAAGCCCCAAAGCAAUUUGUUCUCAAGACGAUAGCUGCAAAAAAGGUCAUGCUGACCCACAGAGUAAUGGCAUUCAAACAGGGAGAUGUACACAGUAUAACUCCACUUUUAAAACUUGUGAAGUGAGAGCAUGGUGUCCUGUGGAGUCCAAAAGUACUCCAGAGCCGGCCAUUUUGGGAAGUGCUGAAAACUUCACAGUUUUGAUAAAGAACAAUAUUCACUUCGCAGCUUUUAAUUAUACCACGAAAAACAUCCUUCCCGAAUACAAUGUCACCUGCGUUUAUCACAAAGUGACUGCUCCUCGCUGUCCCAUAUUCCGAUUAGGGGACAUCCUAAAAGAAGCAGGAGAGAAUUUUUCCCAAGUUGCUAUUCUGGGUGGCAUUAUGGGCAUAGAAAUCAACUGGAACUGUAAUCUUGAUCGUUGGUUUCACAGCUGUCGUCCACAAUACAGUUUCCGACGCUUGGAUGAUAAGGUUGUUGAUGAACGUUUGUAUCCUGGUUUGAAUUUUAGAUUUGCCAGGUACUACAGGAACCAGAACCAAAGCGACCUAAGGACUCUUAUAAAAGCUUAUGGGAUCAGAUUUGACAUUCAAGUCUAUGGCACAGGGGGGCAGUUCAGUUGGUUUGAAUUGGUGUUAUUCAUUGGUUCCUAUCUUUCUUACUUUGGAUUGGCAACAAUAGUGAUUGAUUUUAUGAUCAGCUUGUAUUGCAAAAGCUGCUGCAGCACUACAUCUGGUCAGAAGUACUAUGAUGGGCAGAAGUAUGAAGAGAUCACUGGGCCCUCUAUUCUGAUGUCAUGCCAGGAACUCAAGUUUGUGUCCUUUGUGGAUGAAGAGGACAUAAUAAUGGUGGAUACAAAGUUAACGAAAAGCUUACAAAUGACAAUAGGUAAAAGGAUCAAGAAAGGAAAAAUGACUUUUAAUACAGUCUUUGCACAGCUUGAACUGUCUUUCUUCGAAGGACUGGAAGAGUUUCCUCUUCACACAAGACAUGCUAAAAAAUCCUCAGCAAUUCCUUCCUGGUGUCAGUGUUUGAAAUGUCUUCCAGAAACUGCGUAUGAGGAUCAGCUGUGUUGCCGAUAUCGACCUGGGGAUUGCAUUACAAACUCAGAAAUGUUUAGGAAGCUGGUCUUGCAGCGGCGGGUUCUGGAGUGCAUUCUGCAGUACAACAAUCCUCUACUAAAGAAGAAUUCCAUUGGCAAAAAACAGCUAGCAGAGUUUGCUCAAAAUCAGUACGUCCAAUGGCGUUUUGGAAGCAAUAAGGAUACAGUCAACUUUGCAAAGAUACCAAGCUGUUGUAGACAUGAAAUACAAAACCUAUUUAAUGAGGAUGCUUGUGAAACCUCUUUUCAAUUUGAAGAUAAAGAUAAAAAAAUGCACUCCGCAUCGGGUCCCUCCAGCAAACCUUUGCUAUAA